AAGCAAUGACAAAAGACACUGUUAUCCUAUCUGAGUAUGUAAGUUAUGUAUAAAAGGCUUGUGCAACGUUAUCUUGGGAACUCAGACAAAUAUGGGGUUGUAUAGAGCGGUUAUACUUGUUGCAACUGCGCUAGUUUUUGUGGUUAACAUCGCUCAAGCAGGCGUCUGCAACGGGCGAAGCACGGUGGUGCAAAUCAAAAUACCUAACCGUACAAACGUCACAAUACAGUAUCCAAAUCAAAAUAAUCCUGUGGAUUUCGUGCCCUAUCCGUACCAACAGCCAGGCAGUUCCAAUACACCUGAAUGCUAUACAUGUCGAGGUUCUAAAUGUCAAAGAUGUAAUAAAGUUGACCAAAAUGCGCAUUACAGCAGACCGCCAUCUUACACGAAAACUAAUAUAAUAAUUGAUCUUACCAAAGAUAAUUCUAAGAAAUCAUCACAAAAUGGAAAAGACGGUAACGUUAAGAAUGGAACAGUCAUCAUUUUGCAAGACGAUAAUAAAGCAUCUAGCACAAGUGGUUCCUCAGCUAAAGGGGGCAAAGGAUUAUCGGCGACGAGCUCAGCGUCAACAUCAAUAUCCAAUACUGACAUAGUUGCUUCUCUAAAUGAAAAGGAGAGCGUUGGCACAUCUAAACCGGGUAAUACAGAAGACAUUUAUGUAUUAGAUGCUUCCAAGUCUGUUUCAGCCUCCGUAUCAAGUGCUUCUGCUGGUGAAAAGCCAAAUAAAGAUCAAUCACACCCAGCUAAGGACCCGUCCCCUUCACAACCGUCUAAGCACCCAAAUGCGGAACAACCAGCCCCGUCGCAACAUCCGUCUGACCCAAGCAAAGGAUCGCCAUCACCCCAACAUCCAGGUUCAAACUCCCCUGAUCAAGGAUCGCCACCACCCCAACAUCCAGGUUCAACCUCCCCUGAUCAAGGAUCGCCAUCAACCCAACAACCAAGCUCAACUUCCCCUGAUCAAGGAUCGCCAUCACCCCAACAACCAAGCUCAACUUCCCCUGAUCAAGGAUCGCCAUCACCCCAACAACCAAGCUCAACUUCCCCUGAUCAAGGAUCGCCAUCACCUCAACAUCCAAGUUCAACUUCCCCUGAUCAAGGAUCGCCAUCAAACCAUGAACCAUCUUCACCUUCAAAGGACCAACCAUCACAUGAGACAAAAACAGAAGUAGAUGCUGAAGCAAAAGCGAAAGCAUCAUCAACCACUGAUUAAUGAAACCACAAAUUGUGCAUUUUGCAUGAAAACUUAGACUAUAAAAGAAAUGUCUGAGCCACAAAUGUUUAAAAAAAAAAUGAGUACAAUGAUAAAAAAAAAACGUUUAAUGUAAUAAUACUGUGUUUAGCUUACUUUAAUCAUUUUCGGUCGCAGUUCUUCUACGGAGUUUAUGAUGCAUUUGUCCACAUUUGGGUCGCUCCGUUGACAAACUUUUAUGUAUGGAGCUGAAAAAAAUAAAUUACGAUUAAGUCAUUAUAAAAGUAAAAUGGAAACUUCGUUGUCGUCGUGGGAUUUUAUUAUAAUAGAACUUAUUACAGUGUGAUAAACUUUUAUUGUUAUUAUAAUUUUUGCAGUAAAAUAUGAUUAAAUAUU